UAUCUGCAACAUCCUGGUAAACAUCCACCCCCUCCCAUCCACAGCCAGGUCUGAAAGCUGCAUUCAGCCACUCACACAUCUAUUCACCUUCAUAAUUGCACUGGCAUAAAAAGUGCAUCUUACCAGGAGAUUCUGAACCAUCUUCCCCAACAACACAAAAGAGUACAUACAACGUUUUUCUCUGUUACAGUCUAGUAGAAGCAACUCAUGGACAUUAAUCUACAAGGGGUUUAAAAACAGCACUUGCUCAGCUGACUAGACCAUGGGCUGAUAUAAAUAUAUCUGUAGAUUUUCAGUAGGCAAUAUUUGAUUUUAUCUGAGGUGAUAAUGAAGAAGAAAGAGGGCUAGAAUGGGUUGGGUGCUUGUUUUGAUCUGUGGAAGUCAAAGUGUCUUGAACCUAUGUCCUGGAAGGACAAUGUCCUAGACUUAUACUACCUCUAAUACCGUAUUCACUAUGAGGUUUUCUUUUGAUCUCUCCCAUUUUGUAUGGGUCUUCAGUAUCUUCUUCAUGGACAUGGCAGUGAUAAGGUCAGUGGCAUCCCCCCUAAACUGUCAAACCUGUGUGUGUGCCAGUGACAUAAUUAGUUGCCCCAAAAAGGAACUGACUUUGGUGCCUAGUGGGCUUCCUAACUACACCGCAGUACUGGAUCUCAGUCAUAACAUGCUAUCUCGAUUGCGGGCAGAGUGGGCUCCAGAACCCUUGAAAAGGCUUCACACACUAGUUCUCUCACACAACUCUAUUAGUUUUGUAUCUUCAGAGGCUUUCUCAUUAACUCCUCAGCUGCGUUAUCUGGAUCUAUCUUGUAACAAGCUAAAUGCACUAGAGGAGAAUGUCUUUAGUGCUUUGCAACGGCUGGAGGUGCUGCUUCUUUUUCAAAACCAGAUUGAACGAAUUGACCGUACUGCCUUUGAUGAUAUACAGUUAUUACAGAAGAUCUACUUAAGCCACAAUCGUGUGACCAGAUUUCCACUAGAGCUAGUGAAAGAUGGAGAGAAGCUGCCACAGUUAGUGCUGCUUGACCUUUCCUCAAAUAAAUUAAAGUAUCUUCCAGUGCAACAGCUCAAAAUCCUGCCAGCUUGGCUCAGCAAUGGACUUUACCUACAUGGCAAUCCGCUGACCUGUGACUGUGACCUGUAUGGACUUUUUUGGAACUGGCAUGUCCGGCAGCUGGCAUCUGUUGUAGAUUUUCAUGAAGAAUUGCUGUGCCAGCUGUUCUCUCAACCCAAACCACCAUCAAAGACCACCAAUGUAUUUUUGCUCAACAACAGUGAAGGGCUGAAUUGCACUGUUGUGCGAGAGGCUGGCAUGGAGGCAUAUCUAGGGGACACUGUCAUUUUAAAUUGUGACAGUAAGCAGAAGAGUGUCAACCAAGUGUGGGUUACACCUAGCAAUGAGUGGGUUCAGGUACAACAAGAAAGCGGUGCAAGAAACCGCAGUAUAUCAGUAUUAAGUAAUGGCAGUUUGCAAAUAAGACCAAUUCAAGUGGAAGACAGGGGAAUAUACACUUGUUACGCACAGGGGGAACUGUUAAAUGAAACAUUAUAUGUUACGCUUACCGUAUUUAACUUUACACAGCAUGUGCAUCAGGAUACUCUUAAUACAGCGUAUACCACACUAGUGGGCUGUAUUGCCAGUGUUAUACUUGUAUUUAUAUAUUUGUAUCUUACACCAUGCCGUUGCUGGUGUCGGCCAGGUAAUAGGGGACAAGGAGAAGACAGGGAAAGCAUUCAUUCCUCUGUCCUAAGUGCUACACCCAACCAUGAGACCACCAGUGAUAAGGCUGCUUUAAGUCGUCAUGUUGCAUUUCAGGAGCCACCAGGAGAUUUACAUGGCCAGAAUGGAAAACUGAAGCCCAAUGGGUCACAGGAGGUACCUGUAAUAAAGGGUUCACCUUUGCAACCAAAAACAUCUAACAGAAAGCUCUCAGACCCUGGAUCCAUCAGUUCAGUGUUCUCAGACACCCCCAUUGUGGUGUGAGAAAUACAGUUUAGGAGAAAGGGAAGACUAGCAAGCUAAAGGGAGUAUAGGCUUACUACAGACUGCACCUCUUUCCCUUUCUGAUUUUCUGAAUUCCCAGCAUGUGCAUGUGAGACUGGAACUCAUUGGUGGCGAGUGGGACAAAGAUAAAAUGUUAGAGAAUAAAGGAAAGAACAAACAGCAGGUACAAAAUAUAUUAUGACAUCAGAUAUCAAGGAUAAGGAAACUAGAGAGGAUGAAAGACUGAAAUUGCAUUAAUUAAAGGUCACAAUUAACACAGCCAAAGAAUGUGUCAUUCACAUUGGCAUUAGUGAAGCGUGACUGUAAAAUAAUAAGUGAAGAGCUUAUGCCACUAGUUCUCAGACAAAAAACGACACUGUCUGCAGCUUCUUCUGUAGCAUUACAUAUAUAGAGACCCACCCACCCACUGUGCUCUCAUUUUUGGUAAACAUUAAAUGGCUGCAUGUUCAGCUGCCUCUUUAACAACCCAUAAACGAAAGCAACUGUUAGCAAGAAGUCUUUACUAUGUAAUUAUUCUCCUGAAUGCUCUUGAUGUUCUUUGCUUUUUUCUAGGCUUCAUUGCAGGCAGUGAUGAUUCACUGACCCUUCUUUUCCUGUUAGCUUGUCUUGUCACCCAAAUCUUUUAACCUCAUGUAACUAUGACUGUCACUGUGACAGGCCAAGAAGAGAAUCUGUAGCCCCUUUUGUUCACUUAGACUUCAACAAAUCUUGAUUUUUUUGGCUCGCUGUCAUAUCUAACUGUGAUGCACUAUAUGGAAACCUCUUAUCAGCAUCAUCUUACAGUAUAUUUAUACAGUGACAGCAAUUUACACAAUACAGAUAUGGGACCUGUUAUCCAGAAUGCUUGGGACCUGGGGUUUUUGGAUAACAGAUCUUUCCGUAAUUUGGAUCUUCAUACCUUAAGCCCGCUAAACAAUAAUUUAGACAUUAAAUAAACCCAUUAGGCUGGUUUUCCCUUCAAUAAGGAUUAAUUAUAUCUUAGUCUGGUUUGAGUACUAGGUACUGUUUUAUUAUUAUCGAGAAAAAGGAAAUAAUUCCAAAUAAUUUGGAUUCUUGGGAUAAAAUGGAGUCUAUGGGAGAUGACCUUUCCAUAAUUUCUGGAUAACGGGGUUCCGGAUAGCAGAUACCAUACCUGUACUUUAAAAUAAUUGUAUAACAAACAGGGGUUCUCCCAUCAAAAUUAAUGUAUGGGAAAGAAUGUUUUAAUAUGUAUAAAUAUGGAAAUGUUUCUGCACAUUAACAUAAUAUAUUUAAAUGACAUAUGUUGUUUUUCAGUAGCAUGGAUAACACUCCCUUAUUGUUUUGUGAGCACUCAUCAGCCGGCUGUUGUAAAAAUGCUCAUUAAUCACUGCAAAGGAAGUUUCUUAUGCCAUAAAUCAAAUUUUGAUAAGGUUCAGAAAUAUGUUCAUAUAAACAGCACCAUCUUGUAUGAGAAAUACUACUUUCCUUUAUCUUUUACAUUUAGAAACCAGGAACCCCCCCCCUUAUUUCUGUGACCAACUCCGAUUCAUGUCUUGUGUUUUCCUCUGCUAACCUCUUGUUCUAUGUUCAAAUAUAAAUAGAUAUAAAUAUAAAUAUAUAUAUAUAAAUAUAAAAGUAUAGAUAUUAUUUUAUUUAUUUAUUUAAGUCAGAAUUCUGGCUGCAUUAUUAUUGUAGACCACUUUCUGGAAAUAAAUAUUUCAGUUUACGAUU